UUGAAAUAUUGAAUAAACUUAUUUUUAAUAGUUUAAAAUGGUUAACGAACAAAGACUAUAGUGUGAACUGUUGAGAAAACUUCAAUUUCGUUGCGGAAACUGAACAGAGUUUACUGUAGAUAGAUAUUUUACGUUUUGUAAUAAAAAAUGAAUCUUAUCAAGUGUGGCGACAUAUUAAUAUCCAACAAUGUUGAAUUUUCAUUUUCUUGUACAAAAUGUAAUAAUGUUUACGAAUUACUGAGUGAUUAUCAAGUUCAUGUUUUAGAGCAACAUAUUCAAGAAAUAUUUGGUGAAAAUUUUGAUGAACUUCUUGAGAUUGAAAUUAAAGAAGAAAUAACUAAAUCUGAUUCAGAACUUGAGGAAAUAUUUUUAGAUCAAAAUGAGGAAAAAUAUUCAGCUUCCGCCUUGCUUGAAAAUGUUGAUCCAGAUACACCAAUUGAGAAUAUAAACGACACUGAUGUUACUUUGGGAAACCAGAACACUUCACCAACUGAAAAUUUGUAUGAAGUGCCAAAUAAUAAGCACAGCAAUGAUAGACACAAAAAGGUAGAAAAUAAGGAAAGAAUUAAAUGCAAUUAUUGCGAUAAAACUUUUGAUAUCAAUAAAUACCGUCCACAUAAAAUGAGAGCGAAAUGUGGUAAAUGCAUAUUAUGCAAAAGGUCAUUUGGUGAUAUUUGGAGUCAUAUAUCAAAAUUUCACUCAGAAUAUUAUCAAGAAAGAAAAAGAUUAGGGUUGGCUGUUUACGAACGUGAGAAACAUAAAUCAACAAAAGAAUUAUAUUGUGAAUACUGUCAGCGUAUAUUCAAAAAAGAAGCGGCUUUUAAAGAACAUGUUUUAGUUCACCAAAAAUGUUUGGAUAAAUGCAAGUUUUGUGGUAAGUUAUUUAAGGACAAACAUAGCUUGGCAAUUCAUAUAAGAACUCACACUGGCGAAAGACCUUACAAGUGUCCUCACUGUGACUUUGCUUUUGGGGAUAAUGCUAACUUAAAAACACAUAUUAUUAGUAAGCAUACAUCUGGAUUGAACGUGAAGUGUAGAUAUAAAGGAUGUGAGAAAACUUUUAAAAUUAAGGCGCUUAGAAAUCGUCAUGAAAGCUACGUUCACGAAGACAAACGGAAUUACUUAUGCUUGACUUGUGGAAUGUCAUUCAAGACUUCAAGUAAACUAAAUGUUCAUGUUAAAACAAAACACAUGAAAUACGAUGACAGACCAUUUCAUUGCGAACUUUGUGAUAAAAAGUUUAUAUUUAAUAGGGACUUUGUAAAUCAUACGAUGGUGCAUACUGGAGAAAAACCACACAAAUGCGAAUUUUGUUCAAAAGCAUUUAGAAAAAAGGAUUCUUUAACCGAACAUAAAAGGAAAAACCAUUACAAAAAUGUAAUUAAAUGUGGGGAUAUUUUGAUAUCUAAAAAUAUUGAAUUUUGUUUUUCUUGUACAAUAUGUACAAAUACUUAUGAAUCGUUAAGAGAUUAUCAAAUGCACGUUUUGGAUGAACAUGUACAAGAAAUAUUUGGAGAAGAUAAAGAAGAAAUAUCAAACAAUUUAUCUGAUUUAGAAGUUGAUCAAAUAUUUGUAGAAAUGAAAGUGGAAAAACUUUCAAGUUGUUCUUCUCUUGGAAGUCCAAAUCCAAAUUCCGCUAUUCAGGACUUAAAGGAUGUUAAGUUAGAAUUUGAGAAUGUACUAUCUUUUGAAGAUGGGAAUGAAGAAUCAGACAAUGAGAACAUAAACAAUGAUGAAGAUACAAAUAAUACGGAUGAUAAGAAUGAUGUACAAUAUGAUAAGGAAUUGAUUUUGAAAUGUAAUAAUUGCGAUAAAAAUUUUGAAGCUAACAAUUAUCGGAUACAUAAGAAGAGAGCAAAAUGUGGUAAAUGUCCAUUAUGUAAUCGUACAUUUGGAGAUAUCUGGAGUCAUAUAUCAAAGUUUCAUAAAGAAUACUAUCAUGAAAGAAAAAAAUCUGGAUUAGCGGUCUAUGAACGUGCAUUAGCCACAGAGUUAUAUUGCAAUUAUUGCGAUCGUGUCUUUAAAAAGGAAGGACCGUUUAGAGAGCACGUUUUAGUCCAUCAAAAAAGCUUAGAUAAAUGUAAAUUUUGUGGUAAAUAUUUUAAAGAAAAGGUUGCUUUAGCAACUCAUAUAAGAACUCAUACUGGUGAAAGGCCUUUCAAAUGUCCUCACUGUUCAUUUGCCUUUAGUGAUAAUGCCAACUUAAAAACACAUAUUAUUAUUAAACAUACACCUGGAUUGAAUGUAAGAUGUAGAUCUAACGGAUGUGAAAAAAGUUUUAAAACUAAGGAAUUGCGAAAUCGUCACGAGAGAUACGUUCAUGAAGACAAACGAAAUUAUUUGUGUUUAACCUGUGGGAUGUCGUUCAAGACCUCAAGCAAAUUAAAUGUUCAUGUCAAAACGAAACAUAUGGAAUAUGAUGACAGACCAUUUCAAUGUACACUUUGUGAUAAGAGAUAUGUAUUUAAUAGAGAUUUUGCUAAUCAUAUGAUGGUACACACCGGAGAGAAACCACAUAAAUGCGAAGUUUGUUUGAAAACAUUUAGGAAAAGGUAUUCGUUAACUAAGCAUAAUAGAAAAAAUCACCCACAGUAAUUUUUAAUGUUACAUUUAUGCAUAUACAUAUGUAUAUACUUAUGUAGGUUAAAAUUUGCAUUUUUGUGAAUAAAACUUUUUUUUUUGUAAAAAAUGUUUUUUACUUAACGAUAAAACU